CCAUAGCAGUCUCCAUAAAGCAAACAUCACAACCAGAGUUUCAGAGGAAGCUCACACACCUUUGCCAAGAAGCCUUCUUCUUCUAGCUGCCACUUUCAUCUUGCUUCAACAUACCACCAAUCACCAAGAGAUUUGUUCUUUGAUCUUUCUCUGCCAGUGCUGACAUGGGCAAGGUGUGCUGCACCGAGGAGUCCGAAGAGGAGGCCGCAUUCAACCUCAUGGGGCUUCUCGUCGCUGCGAUCAUCGCCUUGGUGCUGAUGCUCAUCUGCACACCGCCACGGCGGCGCUCAGUCACCAUCUACCCUUGCUGCUGAGGUGGAGGAGUACCUGCAGGACUGUGAGUCCUCUGAUGGGAGAAGCUUGAUUGCUUCUCUGAAGAAUCAAAGAUGUGCAGGGUGAAGGUUGUUGGAGAAAGCAGGAAGGCAAGGCAUUGGCUCCUGAUUUUUCAAGUUAAAUAAUUGCUUAAUUGUAAUGCAUCCUAUUGUAAGUCAUGUUUAUUGGUAUAAUAGUCUCUUCAUCUUUAGCCUGAAUUGAUAGCUUUGGAAAUAUAUAGAUGCUUGUCAAAUCUGUUAAAUGUA